AUGACAAAAAAGCCACAUCAAACAUGUAAUAUUCCAAGCUCAUCAGCAUCUUCAAAGCUUGUAAGACGAAAAGAUUCCCACGUGAUCUCAAAAUUCAAGCCGAAGAUUCGAAUAAUUCACAUAUAUGCACCGGAAAUCAUAACGACCGACACUGCGAAUUUCAGGGAGCUAGUUCAGAGACUCACUGGGAAGCCAGAAGAUGAAAAGGGAAAAGGCAAGAGCAAAUCCGACACUGCAUCAGUCAAGGUUAUGAUGAAGAACUUGUUCGAAGAAGAUGAACAAAAGUUUCUGAAUCUGCAAAAUGAGACAAUGGUAAAUAAUGAAAACCACGAAAAACAAGAAGAUUUAUGGAGAAGAUCAAAGUUAAAUAAUGAAGAGAAGCUCAAUGGUUUUCUUGAAGGAUUCUCUGAACUGGAUGGUUUUAUGGAAGAGCUGUGUACUGUGCCUGUUGUGGAUCAAAAUUAA